AUGGUUCGAGCAUGCACGCACACCAACUUCUCCACCGUCUCGCUGCUGCACAACGUGAACAUGGCUGCCCACGUGGACAAGUACAACCAGCCAGGCUCUACCAACGUGCUCGUGCCGCUCUCGCCAUUCCGUCGCGGGGAACUUUGGCUCCUAGAAGAACACGGGUUGGAGUUUGACCCCCUCACCAAGCACGCGACGUGCCCGUGGAAGGACGCCACGAAUGACGAAUAUAAUCACUCCAUCAGAGUCAAGUCGAUGGCCCUCGCAGACGCACACAGCUUGGCGUGCGACAUGGCCAUCCAGCACACCGAGAUCACCGCUUAUUCCCUCUUAGAAGUGACGCAUGACCUCCGCAUGCUCGUGCACCUCGCGCAAACCAACAAGGCCGCGUGGCUUCGAUGCAACCAAGUCCUCACGUCAACCAGCACAGAGUGCAAGAUCCAGUCGAACGCCCCCUGGCACAUGCGCGCUGGCCGUGCCGUUGAUGGCAACCACGCGGAGACACCGAUCGACAUCAAGAUGUACUUGUUCAACAAGCGCAUGCACACUUGGUAUCAUCAUGAGCUUUCUUACCAGCAGCACAUGGACCUUCAGGUACGUGAGCUUCUGAUGGUGGCCGUCAGCGUGGAAGACAACCCCCUCGCCAGGCACAACAAUCAAGCAGUGCAAAGUGCCAUGGAUGCCCUCGUGCAGCAACAUCCACAGGCUCAACACACGACGGUGAUUCGCGACUAUCGACGCCAACACACUCUCAUCGAGAAGGUGGUCUCGCCGGACAUCGUUUGUGCAACUCGGGUGGCCACCAUGGACAGCAACUGCUACGCCAGCGGCGACUACUUCCAGCACGACUUCCACUACGAGGAAGAGGAAGAGAAGCCGCACCCCAUAGUAUGGAUGAGCUACGCCGUGCUAUGGAUACCCCAUGCCAAUUAA